CGUGUCGAAAGUGUCAAAAUACUCCCUAAGAGGGGGUCAGAAGGCGGAGUGGCAGCGUUUGUGGAUUUUGUGGACAUCAAAAGUGCGCAGAAGGCACACAACUCUGUCAACAAAAUGGGAGAUAGAGACCUACGGACGGAUUAUAAUGAACCAGGAACCAUUCCCAGUGCUGCUCGGGGCUUGGAUGAUACAGUUUCCAUAGCAUCUCGUAGUAGAGAGGUUUCUGGGUUCAGAGGAGGUGGUGGGGGGCCCACUUACGGCCCCCCACCAUCGCUUCAUGCACGGGAAGGACGUUAUGAGCGGAGACUUGAUGGGGCUUCAGAUAACAGGGAGCGUGCUUAUGAACAUAGUGCCUAUGGACACCAUGAGCGGGGGACGGGAGGAUUUGAUCGGACGAGACAUUACGAUCAGGAUUACUAUAGAGAUCCUCGAGAGCGGACUUUACAACACGGGCUCUAUUAUACUUCUCGGAGUCGAAGUCCAAACCGUUUUGAUGCUCACGACCCCCGUUACGAACCUAGGGCCCGGGAGCAGUUUACAUUGCCCAGUGUGGUACACAGGGAUAUCUACAGGGAUGAUAUUACACGGGAGGUACGAGGCAGAAGGCCAGAGAGGAAUUACCAGCACAGCAGGAGUCGGUCGCCGCAUUCGUCCCAGUCCAGGACCCAGUCGCCGCAGAGGCUGGCCAGCCAGGCGUCCAGACCCACCCGCUCCCCCAGCGGCAGCGGAUCCAGGAGCAGAUCUUCCAGCAGCGACUCCAUCAGCAGCAGCAGCAGUACCAGCAGCGACAGCAGUGACUCCAGCAGCAGCUCGAGUGACGAGUCCCCAGCACGGUCGGUUCAGUCGACAGCCGUCCCAGCGCCCGCGUCCCAGCUGCUUCCAUCUCUGGAGAAAGAUGAACCCCGGAAAAGUUUUGGGAUCAAGGUUCAAAAUCUUCCAGUGCGCUCAACAGAUACAAGCCUUAAAGAUGGACUUUUCCAUGAAUUCAAGAAGUACGGAAAGGUGACAUCGGUGCAGAUUCACGGCGCUUCUGAGGAACGGUAUGGACUGGUGUUCUUCCGACAGCAGGAGGACCAGGAAAAAGCACUCAAUGCCUCAAAAGGAAAACUUUUCUUUGGCAUGCAGAUUGAAGUCACGGCCUGGAUUGGACCAGAAACAGAAAGUGAGAAUGAAUUUCGUCCUUUGGAUGAAAGGAUAGAUGAGUUUCACCCAAAAGCAACAAGAACUCUCUUCAUCGGCAACCUGGAGAAGACAACCACCUACCAUGACCUUCGCAACAUCUUUCAGCGCUUUGGUGGAAUAGUGGAUAUCGACAUUAAGAAAGUGAACGGGGUUCCUCAGUAUGCAUUCCUGCAGUACUGUGACAUUGCAAGCGUGUGUAAAGCAAUUAAGAAGAUGGAUGGGGAAUAUCUUGGAAAUAACCGGCUCAAGCUGGGUUUUGGAAAGAGCAUGCCUACAAACUGCGUGUGGUUAGAUGGUCUUUCUACAAACGUUACGGAUCAGUAUUUAACUCGACAUUUCUGCCGAUACGGGCCUGUGGUAAAGGUGGUGUUUGACCGCUUAAAAGGCAUGGCCCUGGUUCUCUACAAUGAGAUUGAAUAUGCACAAGCAGCUGUAAAAGAGACCAAGGGGAGGAAAAUCGGUGGGAAUAAAAUUAAGGUGGACUUCGCGAAUCGAGAAAGUCAGUUGGCAUUUUAUCAUUCCAUGGAGAAAACGGGUCAAGAUAUCAGAGACUUUUAUGAAAUGCUGGCGGAAAGAAGAGAUGAAAGAAGAGGAUCUUACGAAUAUGCCCCUGAUCGUACCUACUACGAGACUGUUCGGACACCGGGGACGUAUCCUGAAGAUCCUCGGCGAGAAUACCCAGCUCGAGGCAGAGAAUUUUACGCGGAGUGGGAUCCCUACCAAGGAGACUACUAUGACCCGCGAUAUUACGACGACCCGCGCGAGUACAGGGAUUACAGAGGCGAUCCGUAUGAGCAAGACAUAAGGGAGUACAGUUACAGGCAACGGGAGAGGGAGCGGGAGAGGGAACGGUUUGAAUCCGAUCGGGACAGAGACCAUGAACGGAGACCAAUUGAGCGGAGCCAGAGUCCGACGCACUCCAGGCGUCCACAGAGCCCUGGAGCGUCUCCCUCGCAAUCGGAAAGGCUGCAGAGCGAUUCGGAGAGGAGGAUUUACAGCAGGUCGUCGGAUCGCAGCGGCAGCUGCAGCUCCCUGUCUCCUCCACGAUACGACAAGCUCGACAAAGCCCGUGUGGAACGUUACGCAAAAACCGAAAAACCAGAGAAAGAACGUGUUUUUGACCAGGAGAGAGUCGACAAGGAGAAACGCUUGGUGAGAAAGGAAAAGCCGGAAAAACUAGAAAAGGAAAAAACGGAUAAACAAAAACGAAAAGCAAAAAUCCAUUCGCCCAGCUCUCAGUCUUCUGAAACGGAUCAAGAGAAUGAGAGGGAGCCCAGUCCUGAAAAAUUGAAGGGCAAUAGUAAACAAAGUAAAGAGAGAGGUGACAAGGAAGGGACAGCUAAAAACCGCCUGGAACUAAUGCCCUGUGUCGUGUUGACCCGAGUAAAAGAAAAGGAAGGGAAAGUUAUUGAUCAGCCCGCUUUGGAGAAGCUGAGAGCAAAGCUUGAUAAUGACACGAUGAAGUCCCCGCUUGUGGAACAAAAAACGCAGACAUCUCAAGCUGAGCAAACCAAGUCUGAUCAGUCUAAACUGGAACCUGUCAGAACCAAGGUACAAAAAGAGAAAGCCCUUGCCAGUCAUGUAGAAGUGGUGGAUAAGGAGGGAAAACUGAAACCCAAAAAGCACUUGAAGACAGAGCAAACUUCCGAGGGGGCCAACGCGGUAGAUUUAGACAAGUUGGAGGCUCGUAAAAGACGUUUUGCUGAUGCAAAUCUGAAGCCUGACAGGCAAAAACUGGAAGUAAAAAGAAGCAGCCAGGAUGAGGAAGACGCACGCAUGGUUUUGAAAAAGCAGCUUGAUGCAACGGCUUCGUCUAGAGAACCAGCAGCGUUAAGGGAAGGAGAAUUGGAGAGAAAACCCCUGAGGAAGGAGAUGCUUAAAAGGGAAUCUAAAAAACUCAAACUGGAAAGACUUAUGCCUGUUACUAGUCCCAAAGAAAUUCAGGAGACUCUUAGUGUUGGUGGGAUUGGCACGCGUCCCACCCUAGAUCUGCAGGCGAGGCUGAUGGAGACAGCCGAUGAACCAGUGGAAGUUCAGGAACUCUCUUCUAAAAAAUUGAACCCAGUAAAACCCCAGCAUAAACAGGUACAGCUCCUAGAUGACCAAGGAACAGAGAGAGAGGACGCGAGGAAGAAUUACUCUGGUCUUCCUGAAGACACAUCUGACCAUAAACUCGGCCAAGAGAAACCUCAGUCAACUGAUACGGAGGAGAAAAUUGGCAUCGACAUUGACCACACGCAAAGCUACAGGAAACAAAUGGAGCAAAGUCGCAGGUUAAAACAGCAGCUGGAAAUGGAGAUUGCGAAGUCUGAGAAGUUCGGCAGUCCAAAGAAAGAUGUGGAUGAAUAUGAAAAGCGGAGCUUGGUCCAUGAGGUGGGAAAACCUCCGCAAGAUGUCACCGAUGACUCUCCACCAAGUAAAAGGAAAAAGACUGACCAGUUUGACUUUGAAAUUAGCACUAAAAGAGAAAGAAACUACAGAAGUUCUCGUCAGGUGAGUGAGGACUCUGAAAGGACCUCCUGUUCCCCUAGUAUCAGGCACUUCCCUUUCCAUGAAGAUGACGACACGCUCGAUUCUCCAAGGCUAAUGCCGUUAAAGGAAACCAAAGAGUCACCUAAAAUAGAAGAGAAGGGUCUUUCGUACUCCAACAUGACUGUGAGGGAGGACUCGCUGAAGUUUAAUCCUUAUGAUUCCAGCAGAAGGGAGCAGAUGGCAGAAAUGGCUAAAAUAAAACUAUCCGUUCUGAGUUCUGAAGAUGACUCGAGUAGGUGGGAAACACAAGUGAAGCAGGAGCCUGGUAGAGUUGAUAUCAGCUUUCCAAGCAGCAUCGUCAAAAGAGACAGCAUACGCAAACGGUCUGUCCGAGACCUGGAACCGGGGGAGGUGCCUUCAGAUUCGGACGAUGACAGUGAAAACAAGCCCCAUUCCCCAAAAGCCUCGUCCUUGUUAGAGAGUUCCAGGUUGUCUUUUUUAUUAAGGGACAGAGAAGAGAAGUUACGUGAAAGAGAGGAAAGACUGUCGAGUUCCUUAGAAAGAAACAAAUUUUACUCUUUCGCGUUGGACAAGACGAUCACACCAGACACAAAGGCCUUGCUUGAAAGAGCCAAAUCGCUCUCUUCGUCCAGAGAGGAAAACUGGUCCUUUCUAGAUUGGGAUUCAAGGUUUGCUAGUUUUAGAAACAAUAAAGACAAAGAGAAGGUUGACUCAGCUCCGAGACCUAUUCCAUCUUGGUAUAUGAAAAAGAAAAAAAUCAGGACCGAUUCAGAAGGUGGAAAACUGGAUGAUAAGAAAGAAGACCAUAAAGAAGAGGAACAAGAGCGACAGGAGCUGUUUGCUUCUCGGUUUUUGCAUAGUUCAAUCUUUGAACAGGACUCCAAGCGCCUGCAGCAUUUAGAGAGAAAAGACGAUGAUCUCGACUUCAUUUCUGGUAGAUUGUAUGGGAGACAGUCUUCCUCCGAUGGGACUAACAGCACGGCUGAUUUGGUGCAAGAACCGGUGGUUCUCUUCCAUAGCAGAUUUAUUGAACUGACGCGAAUGCAGCAGAAAGAAAAGGAGAAAGAUCAGAAACCAAAAGAAGUGGAAAAACAGGAAGAUAAAGAAAACCGACCGAAAACACCAGAAACGGUUCCUGAUAGUAAAGAACCAGAACAUAAAACUUCCUCAGUAGUGGGUCCCUCUUCGGUCGCUGUCCUACCACAGGAACCAGCACCGGUCGCUUCUGAGAAGGUAGCGAAUGAGAAGGUAGUGGUGGAAACAACUUCUGUAAAAGAAGAAAAACCAUCUGAACCUGCUCCUACAGCAGAGGAACAAAAACCUUUACCUGAACUUGCUGCUUCUGUCAAAAUCGAACCGCCUGAGCAAACUGAACCCCCGCCAGUCGUAGAAGCUAGUAAAGAAGUUGUUGCUACAACCCUGGCACCGGAGGAAGACGCUGUGGCAACGGAGCAUCCUUCAUACUUGGAUACCAAACCUCCUACUCCCGGAGCUUCGUUUCCCCAAGCAGACACCAGUGUAGAUCCAGAACCCGAAGCUGCCCAGUUGGUUCCACCUCCGCCCAAGCUAGUUCAGAAGUCCGAUGAGGCUGCCGAGCCUAAAGAAGAAAAUCCUCCACCUUCUGCCAACGCUGAUGCUAGUGUGAGUCAAAAGGCGGAGGUGGCUGCUGAGGUCCUGCCGCCCGUUUCCGACAAUGAUAUGGAAGUCGAACCCCCGGUUGUCGUAAAGGACAAGAAGUCCUACAAGAGUAAACGCUCUAAGACUCCCGUGCAGUCGGCUGCAGCUAACGUCAUGGAAAAGCCUGUCACGAGGAAGAGUGAAAGAAUUGACCGUGAAAAACUCAAAAGGUCGAGCUCUCCUCGUGGGGAGACGCAGAAGCUCUCCGAGUUGAAAGUGGAGGCGGAGAAGGUUUCGAGGAACGCUGCUAAAUCCCCUAGCUCUGCUGCAGAGCCGGAAAACGUGGAGCCAAGCUUGCCGAUAGGCCGGACUAGGCGCAGAAACGUAAGGUCAGUCUAUGCUACCACGGGGGACAAUGAAGGCCCAUCUCCAGUGAAGGACUCCGUGGAGGUCACUAGAUCCACCAGGAAGAGAGGGGAAAAAGAACCGCAGGAAACGGUGACAACCGUUCCUACGACCCCGAGGAGGGGAAGACCUCCGAAAACCCGCCGUAAGCCAGAGGAGGACAUCUCCCCAAUAAAGACAGAACCGGUGCAGCAAGAGGCAGAGGAGGCUGAACCUAAAGAUGCGGUGGAAGCUCCGAAGCCUGCAGAAGGUUGGAGGUCUCCUAGAUCCCAGAAGCUAACACACAGUCACUCAUCAGCUGCUACCAGCCAACAGGGGAAGAAAGGGAAGAACGAACCGAAAGCCGAUACCUCGGCUGAAUCUGAAGAUGCUGCUGAAAGAAGCAGUCAGGAAUCGAGCGUCAGUGACAACACCAACAAAGCAAAAGCCACGGAGAAAGAGCCGGCGGUGAGCGAGCAAAAACGCGAUAGGAAAGAACUGGAUGCGGAGAAAAACCAGCUAGAAAUCCCCACGGUUGAGAUCAUUGAGAAGAAGCCAGUGCCAGAAAAGGUUACGAAAUCCAAAAGGGGAAGGUACAAAAAUACCAAAACCGUCGUCGAUAAAGCAUCCGUGUGUCUCAAAAAUGUAGAAAUACGCCUCAACGUGGACGAAGUCAAGGGCGCCUUGCGGCCAACUGAUGAGGAGGCAGAACCGGUGGCGGUGUCACCAGCCAAAAUGAAGAGCCCCCAGAAAGAGGACAUCUUACCACCCCAUUUUGCUAAGAAUGAGGUAGAAGAUUCAUUCCCAGAAAUGGAAAAAGAGGUGAUACGGGAACCAAAGCAGUCCCCCGAAGCUGCCCAGUUAGCAAAACAGAUUGAACUCGAGCAGGCGGUGGAGAAUAUUGCAAAACUCACCGAAACUCCUCCAUCAAUUGCUGCCUACAAAGAGCCAACGGCAGACGUGCCUGAAGUUCGUCAGGAGGAGGAAGGAGAUAAACCGGCGCAUCAGGCUAGUGAAACAGAGCUGGCGGCGGCCAUCGGUUCCAUCAUCAAUGAUAUUUCUGGGGAGACGGAAAGCUUUCCCGCACCCCCGACGUACCCUGCUGAAUCAGAAGCUGAAAUCCCCGCAGAGCCCUUGGUCCCGUCUCCUCGGGAGGAGAUGGAGCCCGAGACUGAUCAGGCCGUGAAUAACAUCCUAGAAACUGAGGCUGCUGUCGAGCCCACGGUGCAGCCGGUUCCCAGCUCUGCCCCAUCGGUGGUGGAGACGGAGAGCAAGGAGGCCGAAGUCAGCUUCAGCGAAUCUUCCAACUCCGCGCAGGAGGCCGAGACCUUGCAGGAAGCUGAGGUUGCUCGGAAGGAAAAGGGCCGUCAGAAAACCACACGGCAGAGACGCAAAAGGAGCACGGGCAGGAAGGGCGACGCCACUGAAGUCAAUGCCUUCGAGCCGGAGAGGGUGCAAAGCAAGUCGCCCCCCGCCAACGAAGUAAAGACGAAGCCCGAAGAAGCCUCGAAGGAGGAAAAGCAAACUAAAACUGUAGCUCAGGCGUCCGUGGAGCCAAGCGCUUCCGACGCCAGCAAGGCUGUAGCUGCUGACGUUGUAGCCGUGCACGAAGCUGUCGCCGAGAGUGCCAAGCUGCCCACCCCGGUGCCCACCGCCAUCGUCCCCCUUCACUCCGGCGCUGCCAAGGUGCCAGAGUGGAUGGUAAGGCACGAAGAACCCCGUGCUCGUUCCACGCCCCCACCCGCUCUCCCACCGGACACGAAGGCAUCGGAUAUCGAUACAAACUCCAGCACUUUGAGGAAGAUACUCAUGGAGCCCAAGUAUGUCUCGGCGACGAGCAUAACCUCCACGCACGUGACAACAACGCACGCCGAGCCGGUGAGCGCACCUCGUUUGGAGGAGGCACCCCUCCACCCCGCGGUGGAGGCCAUAAAGCCGGUUUCGGAGGAGAAGCCGGCAGUUCCUGUCACCAACGCUUUGGACCCACCAGUGGCCGAAGCACCGGUGUUCAGUGAGAAGGAAAAGAUCAGUACCGUGAUUGCUCCCAAAGCCACUUCUGUUAUAAGCAGGAUGCCCCACAGCCUGGAUCUGGAGGAGGCUCCCAGGAUCACCUUGGUGAAGCAAGCUCCCCAAACCCAGACGUGUCUCGUCAACGCCCCCUCGCCGAAAUUUAAGCAGAGGUCAAGCACAAAUGACAACAGUAGGUUUCACCCGGGAUCGAUGUCUAUUAUCGAGGAGAGGCCUGUAGAAACUGGGUCCAGUCCGGGGCUGCGGGUGAACACCUCGGAAGGUGUCGUGCUUCUGAGUUACUCGGGGCAGAAGACAGAAGGUCCCCAGCGCAUUAGUGCCAAGAUCAGCCAGAUUCCCCCAGCCAGCGCUGUCGAUAUAGAGUUUCAGCAGUCUGUAUCCAAGUCUCAGAUUAAACAGGAACCUAUCACGCCAUCUCAGCCGACGCCGAAGGGCUCCCAGACCUCGGCGGCUUACGGGACUGUUUCCACCCAUUCUUCUUUGGUACUAGGAACACAAGCUUACAAUACGUCGCCCGUCAUCUCCUCCGUUAAACAAGAGCGCACUGCGCUGGAGAAGUCCGACUCGUCCCACCUUUCUGUCCAGACUCCAGCGUCUCAGCCCGGUAAAGUCCUCACUCAGACUGUAAACACUCCACCCGUACUCGUCCACAACCAGAUGGUUGUGAACAAAAAACUGUCCGAUCCGGCUGCUCUGAAAGUGGAGACCAAGACUCUGCAACCCUCCAACCUGAGUCCUGGAGUCAGUCCUCACCACCCUUCCCUCUCUGGGAAAAUGCAUUCGGAAGCAAACCACGUCAGCUCGGGACCCAGCACCCCAACCGACCGGGCUAUUUCCCACUUGGGGGUCACCAAACAGGAGCCGCACUCGCCGCGUACCAGUGGGCACUCGCCGUCGCCGUUCCCCCGGGCUUGUCAUCCUGGCAGUACCUCCUCUCCGGCUUUAUCCAGCAGUACCCCGGUCAUGCUGGCGCCGGGAAUUCCCGUUCCUCAGUACAUAUCCAGCAUGCAUCCCGAGCAAUCUGUUAUCAUGCCCCCUCACAGCGUAACGCAGACUGUGUCCCUCGGCCAUCUGUCCCAAGGCGAGGUGAGGAUGAACACCCCUCCUCUCUCCGGCAUCCCUUACGGCAUCCGCCCGGAAGCGCUCCAUUCCCCCAGAGCUGCUCUGCAACCCCAGAUAGAGAUCAAACCUCAGCGAUCCAGCACGCCCCAGCCGGCUCCGAUACGAGACAUAGUCAUGCCUCCUCUCUCUUCUCAGCACGCCCCCGAGGAGGAGAUGCAUUACCACCACACCACGGUGUGCAGGGGGCCAGCCCCCGUCCAGUCCGACGUGCUGGUGAUGCAGCCGGAUUACCGCAUGCACCCCACGAGCAUCCGGCUCGACCAGUACAACGUCCCUCGGGACGUGCGGAUGAUCAUGCACCCGCACAUGGCUGCUGUGGGCGAGCACCACUCGGAAACCAGACAAUCCCGAACGCCUGAAGGGGCUGUGAAAACUCCCCCCGUCAGUAAGACCCCGCAGCCUGGAAAAGAGACGCCAAAAUCCUCCGAAGGCAAGAUGGCACACUCUCCUCACAGCGAGCCCCGGCUCCUCAGCGUCCCCUCCAGCAGCCAGCUGCCUGGACUGCCUUUGUCGCAGCCGGUGGUGGUACCGCACGGGGUACAGAUCAUGCACCCCGCGGGGAGCUCCUUUCACGAUUAUCGGUCUGUGUAUGGCGACAUGAGGAAUUACCAUACGGCGGCACAGCUCGGGCAUCCUCAGUUCCCGGGUGCCUCGCCGAUCGGGUUGCCUUCCCGGAGCAUGACCCCGUCUCAGGUGAGAAAUAAAGGCGAACACUCGCACCCCAGCCAGCCAGUACGCAGUAAGACUCCUCAGAUCCCGCAGGAUCCCAAGGGCCCGCCGGCAGCAGGACCCGAACAGAGUCACCACCCCACUGUAAAUAGGCAUGCGGCGCCGAUAGACCCUCACGUCCACCUUCAGAGGGCGCAAGCAGACACGGGCCAGACCUCCUACCCUUCGCCCGUUGCCAUUUCGAUGAAACAGGAGCUUCCGUCACCGCACCAACCUCAGGCGGUUCCCAAGCAAUCCAUGUUUAUCCCCACGACGUCGGGUCCCGGGGCGCCGCCGGGGCUGCCCCUCAAUCGCCCCGAGCCCCAGUCCGCUCUCAAACAGGAGCCGUCUCCUCACCCCGUUUCGCAGAGACCUGUGGAUAUGGUUCAGCUUCUGACGAAAUACCCCAUUGUCUGGCAGGGCCUUUUGGCUCUAAAAAACGACACGGCUGCUGUUCAGCUCCACUUCGUCUCCGGGAAUAACGUCUUGGCGCACCGAUCCCUGCCGGCGCCGGAGGGAGGACCGCCGCUGCGAAUCGCUCAGCGCAUGCGACUGGAGGCGUCGCAGCUGGAGGGCGUCGCGCGCAGAAUGAUGGUGGAGAGCGAUUACUGCCUGUUACUGGCGCUGCCGUGCGGCCGAGACCAGGAGGACGUAGUCAACCAGACGGAGUCCCUCAAGGCCGCCUUCAUCAGCUACCUGCAGGCUAAGCAAGCUGCAGGGAUCAUCAACGUUCCCAACCCCGGCUCUAACCAGCCUGCCUACGUUCUGCAGAUCUUCCCACCCUGCGAAUUUUCGGAAAGCCACCUAUCCCGCUUAGCCCCGGACCUCCUCGCCAGCAUCUCCAACAUCUCUCCUCACCUGAUGAUUGUCAUCGCGUCGGUAUGAGCUGUUUUACCGCUUCCUGAUUUUUCUUUUUUCUUUUUUUUUUUUAAUUUUAAAUUUUUUUUUAUUAUUAUUAUUAUUUUUUUCCAAGGCCCUGCAGCAAAAAA